UAUUUUAUAAGACUGUGUUAUGCCUUUCUCAGUGAUCCACAUAGAAACGGGAUACGCUGACGAGGCCUUCUUCAGUGGCCCACAUAGUAACAAGUGGGAUACACUGAGGAGCCUUAUUUAGUGGCCCACAUAGAAACACAGAAAGUUGCCUGUUGUUUUGUAAAAUAAAAGCAGAAAGGACACAGGAAGUUGCCUGCUGUCAUAAACUAAGAAGUUGCUCACCAGCAGAAAGGACACAGGAAGUUGCCUGGGGUCAUAAAACGAGAAGUUGCUCGUUAAAAAGUGAGAAGUUGCUCACUAAAAACAUAAAAUUGCUAGCAAAAAAUCAAGUAACCUCAGGUGUGCCACAGCAAAAAUAGAUACUAACUUAAAUCCUUCAAAGCGUCUAAACCCCUCUGGAAAUCACUGACCAUGGGUCAGAAUAAUUCAAAGACCUUAGACGGGUCCGAUAAAAACUCAAAAUUAACUGUAAAACCGAAAAAAAUAAAAUAUAAAAUCACAAAUAGCGGCUCAGUACGACUCCCACUUCCGGUUACGUUUAACCCACGCUCGCGAAUCAAUGAAGACUUCCAUGAUUACGUAUCCAGAACAUGCGGAAGUGCUUACGUGACUGAUUUCGUCUCGAACUUAAGAACUAUAACUUUAAUGCAUCCUAAUGUAUUUCCGGAGCCCUAUCCCGAACGAUUAUCGCCAGAAAACAGAAGGAACAGCCUCUGUGUCAGCUGGACGCCUCAGCAGAGAAUGAACUCAAUAUCCAUCUGACUGGUACCCCACGUCACACACUGUGCCAAACACGUGUACAGACACCGUUACCAGACUUUUGCAGGCUAUACAGCUGCCAUCGGCAAUUGCAGUUGUUAAAACGAAGGGGCACAGCACGGCUGACACAGACGAAGCAGUGGGAAAUGCUCUUGCAGACGUAACCGCGAAAGCAGCUGCUGCCUCACAGCAACCACCCAGAAGGGAAGUAUUAUCUUUGCCUUUACAGCUGCCACUUGUCACGCUCCCAGACUAUUUAGAAACAAAUGUUGACCUAAAAUUCAUACAAGAGCAAGCCUCUGCCUUAGAUUACACUUACUGGGAAAGUAAUGAUUGUACCUUAGAUAACAGAGACGGCUUAUACAAAAACCUUGAGGGUUUGAUUGCCCUCCCAUCUUCACUACUGCCAAUCCUUGUCCGCCAUUUUCACGGUGUGAGUCAUGUCGGACAAAGAGGGGUAAUAGGAGCAAUAAAAUCAAGAUUUGUAAUCAAGAAAACAUCACACGCAGUAAAACGCAUAUUAGCAACCUGUCUAACAUGUGCACGAACUAAUGUAGGAAAACCAAAAGCAAAACAUCAGCAUUUACCACAACCAGAUUUCCCAUUUCAUACAUUACAAAUUGAUUUUACACACAUGCCAGCACAAGGAAGCAUCAAGUACUUACUGGUAAUAGUGGACCAAUUUAGUAAAUGGGUAGAAGCUUACCCAACAUCAAAAGAAACUGCAGAAGUAGUCUGUCAAAAGUUGUGCAAUGAAAUAAUACCCAGAUUUGGAAUACCUCACCAAAUUAACAGUGAUAGAGGACCUUCAUUCACAUCAGAAGUAAUUCAAAAGUGUGCUAAAACUCUAGCAAUAGACUGGAAAUAUCAUGUGCCAUACCAUCCUCAGAGUUCAGGAGUUGUAGAAAGAAUGAAUAGGACCAUAAAAAAUCGCCUGACUAAAGCAAUGAUAGAAACAGGAAUGACCUGGAUCAAACUACUUCCUCAAAUCCUCUGCGAGAUUAGAAUGACUCCAUCCGCAGCAACCAAAUUAUCUCCAUUUGAAAUAAUCAUGGGAAGACCGUUUCCAACACCAUGGUCAGCCUCCAGAGGGGCACCGCUAUUGGAAGGGGACAUAGACACUGCAUUGUCUGACUAUGUUCAUAACCUGGUAGAAACACUGAAUAAUAACUAUCAGAAAGUUUGUCUCUCUCAGCCUCUCCCUUCCAUAGAUCCAACCCAUCCGUGGAAACCAGGAGAUGCGGUGUUGGUAAAGUCGCUAAAACCAAGGGCACUCGGGGAGGCCGCGUGUUCCAGCCCCCAGACUGUACUUGCAGUGACGAGAACCAGCAUCCUAACAGACGGACAACCUCAGUGGAUUCAUGCCAGCAGGGUUAAGACCAGCCCCACCAAACCACCUAAGGCGUCGGAUCAAGUAGAUGACGACUCAGGCGAGCCAGCGCCCGGAUUCAAUACACCUAUAGAUGACGACUCAGGCGAGCCAGCGCCCGGAUCCAAUCCACCUACACACACACAAUCACUGAUUAACACACAACGCCUGAAAGAGCCAAGACUCAGAAAGCCCUCUGAUCCCCCGCCUGAACAACAACAAGGUACUCGAACAUCCAGCAGGAACAGAAAGCCUAGAGUACCACACAAUGUCUAACCUGAUAAAGAUAGACUCAUUCCAUCCUGAUAAUGGAGAAAAUGAAAUGCCCAUUGUCAUCACACGACGCUUAUACGGUGUCUCUCGAACUUGGGACCAGGCCAGGAGACGACUAAAGAACUGUCUUUUUUAUAUAUUUAGGUUAUUAAUCAUAUCUACUGCAUUAACCUUAGGAUUUUUAUUUACUAUUUCGUAUUGUAAAGUGCAACCCUGUUCACAUUUCUGCAAGCCACAUUUUGCUGACAAUACCUCAUGCUCCACUUGGCAAGACACCCACCUAGUACAGCUACUUCAAUGUAUUUGCAAUUAGCACAAAUUGAUCCUGAGGAUGUGCCAGAUGUUACCAAUGAUGUUCCUGAUGUGUAUGUUGAACAUUAGGUUGUGAACUAUUACAUUUUAUGAUUUGCUUUUUAUAUUAUAUUAUUACAUUUGUGAUUUUUCCUUUCUAUUUGAGUUAUUAU